AUGACGGCACCGAUGCUGCUGCUAUCGUUACACGCGUGCGCCACCGCGCCUCCGCUCCUCACGAGGCGGCAUCCUGGCGGCGUGCUUGAGGUGCGACUCAACCGGCCUUCGAAGCUGAACGCUCUUUCUUCAGAGAUGGUGGACGGACUCCGCGAGGCGGUGGUUGCGGCGAGGGAGGAGGGUGCCUCCGGCCUGCUUCUGACGGCGUCCGGAGACCGCGCAUUCUGUGCGGGCGGCGACAUCCGGCAGGUGGCCGCGAUGCCGCCACAGCAGAGGCGCGACUUUCUGCGGCGCGAGUACAGCCUGAUGAUCGAGCUGUUUGCGCUGCGGGAUAGCGUGCCUGUGGUCGCGCUUGCAGACGGACUCAUUUUUGGCGCCGGAGCGGGGCUCUUCAUGGCGGCAGAGACGCGCAUUGCCAGCGCGCCGUCCAGCCUGGCGAUGCCAGGCAAGCCUCUCACAGCCGCGCAGCAUCGCCACUCUGCACAGCAUGUUUGCGGCGCCGACGAAACCGAGCGCCAGCCCGGGCAGCGCUCGCUCCCUUCGACGAGCGACGCUGCCGAGGCGGUGCAGGCGGAGACCAGCCGAGAGACCGGCGCGGCGGUGCAGGCCACCUAUUCCUCGCUAGUGGACUGCUCCAGCGCGGCGGAGCUGCGCGACACGAUAGGCGAGGGGAGGCUUCCCGCGCGGCUUUGCGACGCGGCGGAGGCGGCCGAAGCUAAGGGCGACCUAGGUCUGGCAAGCUGGGCGCGAGACACACGGGCAUCAUCCGCCUGGGCCUCCCCGGCGGCGCUGCUGGUGGCGCUCGAGUGCCUGCAGCUGCCGCUGCCAGAGGAGCCGCUCGCGCGACGCGCCGCCGCGUUGGGUGCGGAGCUCGCCGCCAACCAGGCGCUGGUCUGCCGCGACGAGUUUGCGGAGGGCGUCGCUUGCGCCGUCGGCGAGCGCAAGGGGCAGCCGCCGCGGUGGGAGCAUGCAAGCGUCGAGGAGGCGGAGGGCGACCCGGCGGUGCAGCGACUCCUCGAUGCUGUCCGCCGCGCACCACCGCUCGACCUCGAGCUGGAAUCGGCUGAUGAGCGGCGGAGUGCGGCGGGUCGCUCUCUUGAGAGUUGA